AAUUUAAAAUUGUUAAUAAACUAGUAACUGAGCAGCCUACCGCGCGCAAGUUUCCUAGGCAACGGAGGAAGUCGACGAUUCAUCGAGAAUGGGUUCCACAAGUGCUGUUCGAGAGCUACAGCGCGAGCUGGAGACGAAAGCCAACGAUCUCAGCAAGCUACAGAAAGAUAUUGCGAAGAACCACCAAAUUAGGAAGAAGUACACUAUUCAGCUGGGUGAGAACGAGCUCGUCCUUAAGGAAUUGGAUCUACUUAAAGAUGACGCAAAUGUAUAUAAACUGAUUGGUCCAGUGCUCGUUAAGCAAGAUUUGGCAGAAGCAAAUGCCAAUGUUCGCAAGAGAAUUGAUUACAUUUCUGCAGAAUUGAAACGUCUUGAUUCAGCCCUUCAAGAUUUGGAAGAGAAGCAAAAUAGCAAGAGAGAUGCGAUAUUGAAGUUACAGCAGAGGAUUCAAUCUCAGCAGGCUGGAAAAGCUAAAGUGUAACAUGUUUUAUUGUUGUUUUUCAGCUGUACGUCCUAAACUUCUGUUUUUCUUUUUGCUAUCUCUCUUGUACCAGUUAAAAGUUACACUGCACACUCAAAAGCUUGACAAUAUUUAAUUAGUUCGAUUUUGAUUAUAGAUACAUGCACUUCCUAUGUUGAA